AUGGGCACGGACCUGCAGGAAGAUGGAUUUGAUCUCCCUGAAUGUAGUCCACUUGACAAAGCUGCUGCACUAACAUCUCUCAGCGGUGCAGUACCCUCUUCUCUCUGCUAUGAAAUGUCAGACUCUGGCACCUGUGGAGUACCUUGCUGCUUUGGAAUGACAGCCUGGCUCUCCAAAGUGUCACCAGCGAUCCAGUCCCCAAUUAACAGCACGGGAGGGAAAACAGCAGCAGCCGUUACGGUUUUCAAAGAGCAUAUUCCCAACAGUGGCAUAAUGUGCUUCACUCACGUUACAGCGCUGGCGAUCGAGAUGUUGGCAUUCCUGGAAGCAGUUCUGGAAACAAAAAUGUGGCAGGCAAUGAUAGCCACUAUUCCAUUCCUGUGCACAGAGCCAGGGGCAGCAGGCAAAGUUAUUAAAUGCAAAGCAGCAGUAAUGUGGGAAGCCAACAAACCAUUUUCUAUGGAGGAAGUGGAAGUUGCCCCGCCGAAAGCACAUGAAGUUCGCAUAAAGAUCGUGGCCACAGGGAUCUGUCGCUCUGAUGACCACGUGAUAUCUGGCAUACUGCCUUCACCUUUCCCAGUAAUUCUUGGGCAUGAAGCAGCAGGUAUUGUGGAGAGUGUUGGGCAAGGAGUAACUUCUGUCAAACCAGGAGACAAGGUUAUUCCACUCUUCAUUCCACAGUGUGGGGAGUGCAGCAUUUGCUUAAACGCCAAGGGGAAUGUGUGCUGUAAAACUGACCUUGGUUCACCUAGUGGAUUACUGGCAGAUGGCACCUCUAGAUUCACCUGUAAAGGAAAAGCAAUUCACCAUUUUCUUGGUACAAGUACCUUCACUGAAUACACAGUAGUGCAUGAAUCUUCUGUAGCCAAAAUUGAUUCUAGUGCUCCUCUGGAAAAAGUUUGUCUAAUUGGCUGUGGAUUUUCAACUGGUUAUGGGGCUGCUGUGCAGACUGCCAAGGUGGAACCAGGCUCCACCUGCGCUGUCUUUGGCCUGGGUGGAGUUGGCCUCUCUGUUGUCAUGGGCUGCAAGGCAGCCGGAGCUUCCCGCAUCAUUGCCAUUGACAUCAAUAGCGACAAGUUUGCCAAGGCCAAGGAGCUGGGAGCCACUGACUGUGUCAACCCUAAAGAUUUCAAGAAGCCCAUCCACGAGGUGUUGAUUGAAAUGACUGGCCAGGGUGUGGACUACUCCUUUGAGGUCAUAGGCCGUACCGAAACCAUGACUGCUGCCUUGGCCUCCUGCCAGUACAAUUAUGGAGUCAGUGUGAUUGUGGGAGUGCCCCCUGCAGCACAGAACAUCACUUUUGACCCCAUGCUCCUUUUCACUGGUCGCAACUGGAAAGGGUCUAUCUUUGGAGGCUGGAAGAGUAAAGAUUCUGUUCCUCAACUGGUUGCUGACUACAUGAAGAAAAAAUUUGAUCUGGGUCUGUUAAUUACCCACACACUUCCUUUCGCCAAAAUCAAUGAAGGAUUUGAUCUGCUAAGGACAGGAAAGAGUAUUCGCACCGUCCUGACGUUAUAGGACUCCCCAACGUUAAGCAGCAGAUGGCUCAGCACCAGCACAAAGUUCAGUGUCACUGAUAAAUACAAGCCAAGACAUUUCUGACAGAUCUUGCACCACUACCUUUGAAUAAAAGGAUAAAGCUCAAGCUUCAAGCACAGUUUUUAAAGUAAAUAAUCUUCCUCCUACCUCUUUCUCUUGAUUCUUGCUUUAAAUUCUCUAUUGUGCUGCAGUUUUCUUUCAGUAGGCAGUUGUGAAUUACAGGACCUGCUGCUGUCACAGGUGGGAAGGAAGGUUAGGAU